UUCUUAAAUCUUUUAAGAUGAGCUUAAAAGUGCUUAGCGCCCAACAUGAAUUGUUAUUCGCGAUGCGAUGACACUAAUGUUAAAAUACGACUUUUCAUUUCAGUCUUACAGGGGAACAUCGGGCUUUGAUUCCCUUUAAGCCUGAUCCCACCAGCCCUUGGCAGGGGCGAUCAGUCCACGUGUCGAGGUUAUCUCGCACCUCUCGCACGCGUCUCCUGACCUUCGAUGUCGUGAGGCGUGACCGCGGCUACAUUAAUCUUGGGCAACCUGAUGCAGCCGCGUGCGGCAGCUUGGCACUGCCCGGAGCAUGCUCAGUCGGGUCCUGACCCACUUCUGCGGGUCCGAGCUGCGGGUAAGGAGUCGGAGGCGCUAUUUUGUACCUUUGCUCGGGACCGACCGCAAUAGAACGAAACAGGGACUAGAUUAGAGCCUCCUCUCUCCUAGACAGCAAUCCCAGACACCGCGGCGGGACAUGCCCACGCUACCUGCAAGAGCCACCGGGAGCGUCGCUGUGUAAAAAUCCAUCAUUCCGUGUUUUAGUGGCAACUGCAGGAACAGAGGGCGGUACCGGAGUAAAGCCUGGCGGGGGGCGGGCCUAGAGGGGCGGGCCGAGCGGAACCCGAGAGGAGGAGCCUGCUCUAGCCCCAGAAAUUGACGGCCUUGCUUGGCUUUUUUUUUUUUUUUUUUUUUUUUAAGGGCGGCUUUAAGCUGCAGUGUUGCUGCUGCCAAAAUUCCACAGGCGUCUCACUGAUAUGUCAUUUUAGACUAGCCUGUCUUUUUCAUUUCAAAAGCCACACAGUGUGCAUGAGAGCAAACUUACACACACCACCAGAAAAGAAGAAAACAGAAAACCCUGGAUCCACCCCACGAGUGAAAACACCGCUGUGUUUCCUUCCAGCCUCUUCUGUGUGGGCUUUAGAACUGACAGCGGAGUCACCCGGAAAGGUCAACGAGGCUUCUGGCUGCCGAGUGGCUUGUCAGUGACCUUGGAGACAGGGUUCUUAAUCAAGAACCAUCUCUCUGGAUCCACAACAGGUUUUUCCCGUGGUCUGCCCUGAACAGCGUGUUGUCCAAUAGAAGCUUCCGCUGGCAAACCAUCUCUGUUGCCUUACAGAGCAAGCAAAGAAGAUGGAUCGAUUGAAGAGCCAUCUGCCUGUGUGCUUUCUACCUUCUGUGCCCUUUUUAAUCCUCGUAUCCUCUCUAGCCACUGCUAAGAGUGUGACGAACAGCACUUUAAAUGGCACCGAUGAUCUGACCCUGGGCUCCGCACCCACAAUCAUUGCCAGAACGGACCAUAUCAUAGUCAAGGAAGGGAACAGUGCCUUGAUUAACUGUAGUGUUUAUGGCAUCCCUGACCCACAAUUCAAGUGGUUUAAUUCCAUUGGCAAGCUGCUGAAGGAGGAGGAGGAAGAGGAAAAAGGAGAAGGAAAAUGGCAGAUGCAUGCCAGCGGCCUCCUGAACAUCACCACGGUGUCUUUCUCAGACCGAGGUAAAUACACGUGUGUGGCUUCUAAUGUCUAUGGCACUGUGAACAACACGGUGACCCUGAGAGUCAUCUUCACCUCUGGAGACAUGGGCGUGUACUACAUGGUGGUCUGCCUCGUGGCCUUCACCGUGGUCAUGGUCCUCAACAUCACACGCCUGUGCAUGAUGAGCAGCCACCUGAAGAAGACGGAGAAAGCCAUCAACGAGUUCUUUAGGACAGAAGGCGCAGAGAAGCUGCAGAAGGCCUUUGAGAUCGCCAAGCGCAUCCCCAUCAUCACCUCAGCCAAAACUCUAGAGCUUGCCAAAGUCACUCAAUUCAAAACCAUGGAGUUUGCCCGCUAUAUCGAAGAGCUUGCCCGGAGCGUGCCUCUGCCGCCGCUCAUUAUGAACUGCAGGACUAUCAUGGAGGAGAUCAUGGAAGUAGUGGGGCUGGAGGAGCAGGGCCAGAACUUUGUGCGGCACACGCCGGAAGGCCAGGAGGCCGCGGGCCGGGAUGAGGUUUACACCAUUCCCAACUCUCUGCAGCGCAGCGACUCCCCAACCGCGGAUUCGGACACCUCGUCGCUGCACGAACAGCCGCAACAGAUCGCCAUCAAGGUGUCCAUUCACCCCCAGGCCAAAAAGGAUCACAUGGAUGACCAGGCGGCUGUUCAACCCGAAGUCAAAGACGGAGAGGAGACGGAACCGUCCGCUGAGCGGUCCCCCGACUCUGGGGAGCCCUCCACCGACGUGACAUCCACGGAGCUGACGUCUGAAGAGCCCACGCCGGUGGAGGGGUCAGCAAGAGGCCUGCCGUCAGCCCCCCUGGAAACUCCAGACCCAACGGUGGCUCCUGACAAAAACACCUGCAUUAUUUAUGAAAGCCAUGUCUAAUAUCAACUCUGAAAAGCUAUGCAUAUCAAGAAAAUCAGGGGCUGCUCCUUGUAGUACCGAAGUAGUCGCACUUGCCACUAAGCCUUACCAGGAGACGCUCAUCCCUUAGGCUGGAGUGAUCCAUCCUAAGAGGGGAAACAUCGCCGCAGUGUAUGUGACUGGAAGGUCCCCAGUAGAGGAGGAGGCAGCAACAGCAGGGUGCAGAAUCCAUAAGCUGGGACAGAAGGCGUCUGUCCAGGUGAUACGAAUUUGAGAGGCUAUUCUCAGCCAAGUGUCUUAUUGGUGAUGCCGGUUUGGCAAAGAAUACACCGCUGUGAGAUAGUCUUGAGUCCCUGAGCCUCAGGAUAGUCCUGUCCAGUGCACACUGCAUUGCUUUUCUUUUGAACAAUUAUAGGUCCACUGAAAUAGCAAAUGCACGUACAUGGGUUUAUUGCACUUUCUUCUCAGUUUUAAUGACUUGCUACUGUUCCUUUAAAAUGGAGUAGUUGUUUAACACUCAUUGCUCUUCCUGGUUUAGUCCUCUUUGCCACUUUGUCCUCAUUUUUCCCUAGAUCAUUUACCUCUUGGGCUUUGGUAUCAGCCGCCCAGACUGUGGCUGACACCUACAAGUCAUUUGUAAUGUUCCAAAGUAGUUAGUAGACUCUUUUUUUUUUUUUUUCACUUCCCAGACCUGUUUUCAUACAUUGCUUUUGUUGUUUCCAAUAAAGCUGCUCUUGUGAAAUUGAGAAAAUUUUUGCCCAGGAAUAGCACUUUAAUAGCCAAAUGAAAAUGUGUUUACCUGUCCAAUUCUGAGAACCUUUUGGUGAGCUCAGCCACGGAGAGGAGAUUGUAAAAGGCUGAAUAAAUCCUGCCCUACCAUAAAAACUUGUUUACGUUUAAGUAACAUUAUCCUCCAAGGACUGUUUCUCUAUCUGGAAAACCCUACUUUCCAAAGAGAGAAGCAUCUGAUGAAUUCUUAUAGGUAGAAUAUUAUUAUCCCAGCAGGUUUGCAGGGACCAUAAGCCUUAGGUGAUUCAAAUACUUUAUUUGAGGCAGCAAAUAUGAGGCUCUGUGAAGUCAUGCAACCAGAUCCUCUUUUGUAUACUGCACAGCCAACUUGUAAGUCAUAGGAGGGGAAGAGUGAAAAGUUAGAACAAUGGCAAAGGGAGCUGUACUGCCAAAUUCCAUUCCAAAAUCCUUGAAUUAUUAUUGAGUCUCACAAAAAAGCAGUUAAUGCAUUGCAGAAUAAUGUUAUAGAAAGAAGAUAAAACUAGUCGUCCAAAGGCCAGCACCAUGCCUGACUGUGCCAACAGCCAGCUGCCUGGUUGGGGCACAUCUGGGUCUCAGUUUCCCUAUCUGUCACAGGGAGUAGACCCGGUGAGUUUUGAGUGCCACUUCACUGGUCUCACUCUCUCAUGAAACCAAACCAAUAUUGUCACCCCAGUUCUUCUCAGUCAGUCACCUUCAAGAUUUCCUCUGUCAUCACUGAAUUCACCUGACAUGUAUAUGCUGCAUCACUGACCCAAAUAAAGAGGAUCCAUGUUAAAAAACCAGAGCAUUUUAAAUUAUGGUUCUUCCUCCCCAAUAGGAUCACUUCUACAUUCUAGAUUCCAUCAUGGUGAGUGAGUGUGUUAUUUUCACUUAUGAGCAGGGGGGAAAUAGCCUGAAGUAGUUACAAGGGUAUCUAGUAGUUAUCUGGGCCUGUCAGUGAUGAGACACUUGACCUGAAUAUUUAGUUCUCACUCUGCCACUGUCUGGAUCAGUCACUUUGGGCAACUCUCACCCAAGUGAAUUUUGCAUUUUACUUGCAAAAUAUCAAAAUUGUACUUGGUGGGGUAGAGGUGUCACUAGAUCCCCUCUUGAGCCAAUAUUUAUAGUUUGAUGGAAAUUUUUUAAUCUUGCAUGAAGGCCCCAUUGCAUGAGAUAAGCAGUAUUGGAUGCAAAUACAGGCACAUGAGAUUUGAAGCUUUGCUGCCCACACUUGAGAGCAAAUGAAGGCCAUCGCUGAAGGCCAUGGUUUGGCUUUAGGGGUGACUUUGUGUCUAGAUAGCUGGGGUGGAAAGCAUCCUGAUGAGACCUGAGUCUGGACUAGUCAUCUCUGGUACAGGCAGACCUCAGAUAUUGUGUGUUCAGUUCUAGACCACCACUCAAAAGAGAAUUUCACAUUAAAACUGGUCACAGAAAUGUUCACAUUCCUGAUUUAUUAAAAAGGAUGUUUUCAUAAUUGUGGUCUGCUUUAAGUGUGCUGUAGCAUCAUGUCCCAAAACUACAAACCUUAGUUAAAAAUAUGACAGACAUGAGUGAUUAUAUAAUGUUGGGGAAAUGGCAUCAAUAGAUUCACUGGAUGCAGGGUUGCCAUAAACCUUCAUUUAAAAAAAAAAUGCAGUAUCUAUGAAGCACAAGAAAAUGAGCUAUGCCUGUACAGGAAUGAACUGUCAGAAUCUGGUUAGAAUUGUCUUGGGUGGUCACAUAAAGAAAUUAAAGCAAUCAAGAGAGACCUUGUCUCUGUUUGGAUCUCUGGGUUCGGAUUUCUGUAUCUGAGUUGCAGAAAAGUUUUAUCUUCAACUCUUAGUUUAUAAAUAUUAUCCACUUGUCACAAAGGUCAACAAAUUCUUACCACUGGUUUUUAUACCUAGAGCAACAAUAGAGAUGUAAGAGCAUUUUGUGAUAGUGUGUGGAGUUUUCCCCAUUCUGUUCAGUUCUGAUAUUCACACCCAUGUACAGAACUACACAAGACAUCUGUCUAGAUAUGGACUAGAAAUAAAAUUUUAGGGUGGCAGGUUUUUUUAUGAGGCAGAAGCAGAAAUGCAUGACCCAAGAAUGCUUCCAGAUUGGUUUUGACUUCUUUAGACUACAGUGGGGAGGGAUUAGAUAGAUUUUUGAAACUUUUCCCCUCAUGAAGGCAUCAAAAACUACUGAUAUUAUAAUAACCAACCCAAAAUAGAGAGUUCUCCUUCAAAAUUCUACACUCUUCUUAUCCCUCCUACAGCUUCUUUACUACACAAGAAAGGUGCUUCUGCUAGAAUAGAAAAUGCAAAGGACCUCAUGACUUUCAGCUGGUUUUUCAAGGUGAACUGUUCAGCUACAUAGAAAUGCAUAGGCAUGUGGCUGCACAUGCGUGUGCAUGCACACAUCAGACUCAUUUGGGCAGUUUUAAAAGCUUAACACUAAAUCCCAAGCCUGGUCCUUUGGGGUUACAGGGUCAUUCUCAAAAUCGAAACACUUUCUGGUUUCUGAGUCAUCUGGUCAUACCUCUAGCAAAUUGUUUUUCUUGAAAUCCUGAAAAUGAUUUAGCUAUCCAUGUGUGCAUAUUUAAGUCACUUAGAUGAUGUAAACUUGGAUGGUAUUUAUUCUAAAAGGAAAAAAACAAUUUUAUACUGAAAAGCUAUGUAAUUUAUAACAGUUUUGUUUUAUAUAUUAUAUUUUCAUAUCUUUAGGGCACAUCUAUUCUCAUCUUUUUGUAGAUCAUACUUGGCAAAAAGAAAUACUAAUACUUGACUAAAAUAUCUAGGAACCAAAUGUGAUGUAUAAUGUAUAGAAAUUGCUCUAGAAAUUCCUGAAUGUUCUCCCUAACCCCAGCCAUUGUUGUGCUGUGUCUUCACAUCCAGAACAACAUGUCUCAGAUGCUUAUGAGCUGUCUUUCUCUCAAAAGUAAGGUGAAAUGACCUGACACCCCACAUAAUGAGUUCUGAAAUCCCCUUCCUUUCUUCACAUGUAUAUUUUAGUAUUUGUUUCAUUUUUCAUUGUAGAUGUUCAUGUUGUUUAAUUGUCCCUUUGACAAAUGUGAGAUGAGCAAGUAACUCGGUAGAAUGACAGAACAGAACGACACUGUGUAAAUUAUCUAUGGACUACCAUGUUUUACAUGCAAUGUCUGGCUUGUUAUUACUGGUGGGCUAGGAUUUGCUCAGGUCUGCAGCACGAAAAGAAUGUCAGGUACAGAAUAUUUUGCAUUUUUUGAACAGGCGCUUUGUAAAUGCAGCCAACACAAAUCAGCUGAACUACAGAAACACACAUCCCAGCCCCUGGAGGAACUAUUUCAGGAAGGCAGAUCAAACACCUUUUAUUCCCAAAUUGAAACACAGUAUUGUGUCAGUGCUAAGACUCUUAGAUGAGGGCACCCGUGGUUCUGUUCACUGAGGAUUUCCUCACAGUGUUUUCCGUGGAGCAUUUAACUCACCUUCAGGAUACUCUUUCAUACUUUCACCUUUCAACUUCUAUCCUGUACCUAUCUCCACAUGACCUUUGGCCGCCUUUAAGAUUAUAUUCCCUGUUUAUGUUCUUGCUUUUGAGCUGAUUUGAUAGUACGCUUUAAACGACUACCUAAUUUCAUUGUAUACUUUAAGUACCAGUGAUCUUCCAGAUAUUUAGACACUUUUACAUUCACCUACUCAUUUAAAAUUCCUUUAGUAGGUAGGAAAUUCACUUUCCUUCUCUUUCCUAAUGACUUUUUAUGGUUUUCUACAGUGAUUAACCAGGUUUGGAUUAAGCAAAUCAGUAGUGGGCAAAAAAAAACAAGAUAGAAUUACUUCAUAUGUUUUCCAAAACAAGUUUUUAUCAUACAAGAAAAUCUCAUAUGGUGAUAAUGAUCUGUAAGAACUUUUUCAGACAUGUCAUUUUAAAGGAGCUAAUGCUAGAGAAUGUAAAAAUAGAAAGCAAAUAGUUCUAAGAAUAUUCUGGCAUAAAUUAUUUUUAUUUAACCAGUAAUAAAAGCCUGUAAAUGUAUCCCUCAGAUACCAUAGAGCUGCUUACAGUGAGUUAGGAUCAAAGAUGCUUGUAUUUAUGUUUGGGUUGCUGUAUCUCUAGUUCUGGAUGUCCUUUGUUAAAAUCAGAAAAUACAAUGAAAAAAAAAAGUAUCUGGGCAGAAAUGGCAAGCUGGUGAUUUCGUGAACCAUAAAUGUUCACUUUUUGAAAAUAAUUUGAAGAUGUAAACAAUGACUAUCUUUAAGUUGAUGUUGUAGCAAAUAAGCAAAAGAAAACAUGUGAUCAUCCUGUAUCCAAUUGUUGCUUUAAUAAAGGAUGUACAGAAAGUC